AUGCUUCCGCUUCCCAUCAUCCCGCCCCAUUCCCCCGCUUUCCAUCACCCCUCCCCAUUCUCCCUCCUUCCAUCACCCCGCCCCAUUCUCUCGCUUUCCAUCACCCCGCCCCAUUCUCCCGCUUUCCAUCACCCCGCCCCAUUCUCCCGCUUUCCAUCACCCCGCCCCAUUCUCCCUCCUUCCAUCACCCCGCCCAUUCUCCCGCUUUCCAUCACCCUGCCCCAUUCUCCCUCCUUCCAUCACCCUGCCCCAUUCUCCCUCAUUCCAUCACCCCGCCCCAUUCUCCCGCUUUCCAUCACCACGCCCCAUUCUCCCGCUUCCCAUAACCCCACCCCAUUCUCCCGCUUUCCAUCACCCCGCCACAUUUUCCCACUUUCCAUCACCCCGCCCCCUUCUCUCUCCUUCCAUCACCCCGCCCCAUUCUCCCUCCUUCCAUCACCCCGCCCCAUUCUCCCUCCUUCCAUCACCCCGCCCCAUUCUCCCGCUUUCCAUCAGCCCGCCCCAUUCUCCCGCUUUCCAUCACCCCGCCCCUUUCUCCCGCUUUCCAUCUCCCCGCCCCAUUCUCCCGCUUUCCAUCACCCCGCCCUAUUCUCCCGCUUUCCAUCACCCCGCCCCAUUCUUCCGCUUCCCAUCACCCUGCCCCAUUCCCCCACUUUCCAUCACCCCUCCCCAUUCUCCCUCCUUCCAUCACCCCGCCCCAUUCUCCCCCUUUCCAUCACCCGCCCCAUUCUCCAGCUUACCAUCACCCCGCCCCAUUCUCCCGCUUUCCAUCACCCCGCCCCAUUCUCCAGCUUUCCAUCACCCCGCCCCAUUCUCCCGCUUUCCAUCAACCCGCCCCAUUCUCCCGCUUUCCAUCACCCCGCCCCGUUCUCCUGCUUUCCAUCACCCCGCCCCAUUCUCCCGCUUUCCAUAACCCCGCCCCAUUCUCCCGCUUUCCAUCACCCCGCCCCAUUCUCCUGCUUUCCAUCACCCCGCCCCAUUCUUCCGCUUUCCAUCACCCCGCCCCAUUCACCCCGCCCCAUUCUCCCUCUUUCCAUCAACCCGCCCCAUUCUCCCGCUUUUCUUCACCCCGCCCCAUUCUCCCUCUUUCCAUCACCCCACCCCAUUCUUCCGCUUUUCAUCACCCUGCCCCAUUCUCCCUCUUUUCUUCACCCCGCCCCAUUCCCCCUCUUUCCAUCAGCCCGCCCCAUUCUCCCGCUUUUCUUCACCCCGCCCCAUUCUUCCGCUUUUCAUCACCCCGCCCCAUUCUCCCGCUUUCCAUCACCCCGCCCCAUUCUCCCGCUUUCCAUCACCCCGCCCCAUUCUCCCGCUUUCCAUCACCCCGCCCCGUUCUCCCGCUUUCCAUCACUCCGCCCCAUUCUCCCGCUUUCCAUCACCCCGCCCUAUUCUCAAGCUUUCCAUCACCCGGCCCCAUUCUCCCGCUUUCCAUCACGCCGCCCCAUUCUCCCGCUUUCCAUCACCCCGCCCCAUUCUCCAGCUUUCCAUCACCCCGCCCCAUUCUCCCGCUUUCCAUCACCCCGCCCCAUUCUCCCGCUUUCCAUCACCCCGCCCCAUUCUCCCGCUUUCCAUCACCCCGCCCCUUUCUCCCUCUUUCCAUCACCCCGCCCCAUUCUCCCGCUUUCUAUCACCCAGCCCCAUUCUCCCGCUUUCCAUCACCCCACCCCAUUCUCCAGCUUUCAUCACCCCGCCCCAUUCUCCCUCUUUUCAUCACCCCGCCCCAUUCUCCCUCUUUCCACCACCCCGCCCCAUUCUCCCCCUUUCCAUCACCCCGGCCCAUUCUCCCUAUUUCCAUCACCCCGCUCCAGACUCCCACUUUCCAUCACCCCGCCCCAUUCCCUCGCUUUCCGUCACCCCGCCCCAUUCUCCCGCUUUCCAUCACCCCGCCCCAUUCUCCCUCUUUCCAUCACCCCGCCCCAGUCUCCCUCUUUUCAUCACCCCGCCCCAUUCUCCCUAUUUCCAUCACCCUGCCCCAUGCUCCCUCUUUCCAUCACCCCGCCCCAUCCUCCCUAUUUCCAUCACCCCGCCCCAUUCUUCCGCUUUCCAUCACCCAGCCCCAUUCUCCAGCUUACCAUCACCCUGCCCCAUUCUCCCGCUUUCCAUCACCCCGCCCCAUUCUCCAUCUUUCCAUCACCCCGCCCCAUUCUCCCGCUUUCCAUCAACCCGCCCAAUUCUCCCGCUUUCCAUCACCCCGCCCCAUUCUCCCGCUUUCCAUCACCCCGCCCCAUUCUCCCGCUUUCCAUCACCCCGCCCCAUUCUCCCGCUUUCCAUCACCCCGCCCCAUUCUCCCGCUUUCCAUCACCCCGCCCCAUUCUUCCGCUUUCCAUCACCCCGCCCCAUUCACCCCGCCCCAUUCUCCCUCUUUCCAUCAACCCGCCCCAUUCUCCCGCUUUUCUUCACCCCGCCCCAUUCUCCCUCUUUCUAUCACCCCACCCCAUUCUUCCGUUGUUCAUCACCCUGCCCCUUAUUCCCUCUUUCCAUCACCCCGCCCCAUUCCCCCUCUUUCCAUCAGCUCGCCCCAUUCUCCCGCUUUUCUUCACCCCGCCCCAUUCUUCCGCUUUUCAUCACCCCGCCCCAUUCUCCCGCUUUCCAUCACCCCGCCCCAUUCUCCCUCUUUCCAUCACCCCGCCCCAGUCUCCCUCUCUUUAUCACCCCACCCAAUUCUCCCUAUUUCCAUCACCCUGCCCCAUGCUCCCUCUUUCCAUCACCCCGCCCCAUCCUCCCUGUUUCCAUCACCCCGCCCCAUUCUUCCGCUUUCCAUCACCCCGCCCCAUUCUCCAGCUUACCAUCACCCCGCCCCAUUCUCCCGCUUUCCAUCACCCCGCCCCAUUCUCCAGCUUUCCAUCACCCCGCCCCAUUCUCCCGCUUUCCAUCAACCCGCCCAAUUCUCCUGCGUUCCAUCACCCCGCCCCAUUCUCCCGCUUUCUAUCAUCCCGCCCCAUUCUCCCGCUUUCCAUCACCUCGCCCUAUUCUCCCGCUUUCCACCACCCUGCCCCAUUCUCCCGCUUUCCAUCACCCUGCCCCAUUCUCCCGCUUUCCAUCACCCCGCCCCAUUCUCCCGCUUUCCAUCACCCCGCCCCAUUCUCCCUCUUUCCAUCACCCCGCCCCAGUCUCCCUCUUUUCAUCACCCCGCCCCAUUCUCCCUAUUUCCAUCACCCUGCCCCAUGCUCCCUCUUUCCAUCACCCCGCCCCAUCCUCCCUAUUUCCAUCACCCCGCCCCAUUCUUCCGCUUUCCAUCACCCAGCCCCAUUCUCCAGCUUACCAUCACCCUGCCCCAUUCUCCCGCUUUCCAUCACCCCGCCCCAUUCUCCAUCUUUCCAUCACCCCGCCCCAUUCUCCCGCUUUCCAUCAACCCGCCCAAUUCUCCCGCUUUCCAUCACCCCGCCCCAUUCUCCCGCUUUCCAUCACCCCGCCCCAUUCUCCCGCUUUCCAUCACCCCGCCCCAUUCUCCCGCUUUCCAUCACCCCGCCCCAUUCUCCCGCUUUCCAUCACCCCGCCCCAUUCUUCCGCUUUCCAUCACCCCGCCCCAUUCACCCCGCCCCAUUCUCCCUCUUUCCAUCAACCCGCCCCAUUCUCCCGCUUUUCUUCACCCCGCCCCAUUCUCCCUCUUUCUAUCACCCCACCCCAUUCUUCCGUUGUUCAUCACCCUGCCCCUUAUUCCCUCUUUCCAUCACCCCGCCCCAUUCCCCCUCUUUCCAUCAGCUCGCCCCAUUCUCCCGCUUUUCUUCACCCCGCCCCAUUCUUCCGCUUUUCAUCACCCCGCCCCAUUCUCCCGCUUUCCAUCACCCCGCCCCAUUCUCCCUCUUUCCAUCACCCCGCCCCAGUCUCCCUCUCUUUAUCACCCCACCCAAUUCUCCCUAUUUCCAUCACCCUGCCCCAUGCUCCCUCUUUCCAUCACCCCGCCCCAUCCUCCCUGUUUCCAUCACCCCGCCCCAUUCUUCCGCUUUCCAUCACCCCGCCCCAUUCUCCAGCUUACCAUCACCCCGCCCCAUUCUCCCGCUUUCCAUCACCCCGCCCCAUUCUCCAGCUUUCCAUCACCCCGCCCCAUUCUCCCGCUUUCCAUCAACCCGCCCAAUUCUCCUGCGUUCCAUCACCCCGCCCCAUUCUCCCGCUUUCUAUCAUCCCGCCCCAUUCUCCCGCUUUCCAUCACCUCGCCCUAUUCUCCCGCUUUCCACCACCCUGCCCCAUUCUCCCGCUUUCCAUCACCCUGCCCCAUUCUCCCGCUUUCCAUCACCCCGCCCCAUUCUCCCGCUUUCCAUCACCCCGCCCCAUUCUCCCGCUUUCCAUCACCCCGCCCCAUUUUCAAGCUUUCCAUCACCCCGCCCCAUUCUCCUGCUUUCCAUCACCCCGCCCCAUUCUCCCGCUUUCCAUCACCUCGCCCCAUUCUCCCGCUUUUCAUCACCCCGCCCCAUUCUCCCGCUUUCCAUCACCCCGGCCCAUUCUCCCGUUUUCCAUCACCCCGCCCCAUUCUCCUGCUUUCCAUCACCCCGCCCUAUUCUCCCGCUUUCCAUCACCCCGCCCCAUUCUCCCGCUUUCCAUCACCCCGUCCCAUUCUCCCUCUUUUCAUCACCCCGCCCCAUUCUCCCUCUUUCCACCACCCCGCCCCAUUCUCCCGCCUUCCAUCACCCCGGCCCAUUCUCCCUAUUUCCAUCACCCCGCUCCAUUCUCCCACUUUCCAUCACCCCGCCCCAUUCUCCCGCUUUCCGUCACCCCGCCCCAGUCUCCCUCCUUCCAUCACCCCGCCCCAUUCUCCCUAUUUCCAUCACCCUGCCCCAUGCUCCCUCUUUCCAUCACCCCGCCCCAUUCUUCCGCUUUCCAUCACCCCGCCCCAUUCUCCAGCUUACCAUCACCCCGCCCCAUUCUCCCGCUUUCCAUCACCCCGCCCCAUUCUCCCGCUUUCCAUCACCCCGCCCCAUUCUCCCGCUUUCCAUCAACCCGCCCAAUUCUCCCGCUUUCCAUCACCCCGCCCCAUUCUCCCGCUUUCCAUCUCCCCGCCCCAUUCUCCCGCUUUCCAUCACCCCGCCCCAUUCUCCCGCUUUCCAUCACCCCGCCCCAUUCUCCCGCUUUCCAUCACCCUGCCCCAUUCUUCCGCUUUCCAUCACCCCGCCCCAUUCACCCCGCCCCAUUCUCCCCCUUGCCAUCAACCCGCCCCAUUCUCCCGCUUUUCUUCACCCCGCCCCAUUCUCCCUCUUUCCAUCACCCCACCCCAUUCUUCCGCUUUUCAUCACCCUGCCCCAUUCUCCCUCUUUCCUUCACCCCGCCCCAUUCCCCCUCUUUCCAUCACCCCGACCCAUUCUCCCGCUUUCCAUCACCCCGCCCCAUUCUCCCUCUUUCCAUCACCCCGCCCCAGUCUCCCUCUUUCCAUCACCCCGCCCCAUUCUCCCUAUUUCCAUCACCCUGCCCCAUGCUCCCUCUUUCCAUCACCCCGCCCCAUUCUUCCGCUUUCCAUCACCCCGCCCCAUUCUCCAGCUUACCAUCACCCCGCCCCAUUCUCCCGCUUUCCAUCACCCCGCCCCAUUCUCCCGCUUUCCAUCACCCCGCCCUAUUCUCCCGCUUUCCAUCAACCCGCCCAAUUCUCCCGCUUUCCAUCACCCCGCCCCAUUCUCCCGCUUUCCAUCACCCCGCCCCAUUCUCCCGCUUUCCAUCACCCCGCCCCAUUCUCCCGCUUUCCAUCACCUUGCCCCAUUCUCCCGCUUUCCAUCACCCUGCCCCAUUCUUCCGCUUUCCAUCACCCCGCCCCAUUCACCCCGCCCCAUUCUCCCUCUUUCCAUCAACCCGCCCCAUUCUCCCGCUUUUUCUUCACCCCGCCCGAUUCUCCCUCUUUCCAUCACCCCACCCCAUUCUUCCGCUUUUCAUCACCCUGCCCCAUUCUCCCUCUUUCCUUCACCCCGCCCCAUUCCCCCUCUUUCCAUCAGCCCGCCCCAUUCUCCCGCUUUUCUUCACCCCGCCCCAUUCUUCCGCUUUUCAUCACCCCGCCCCAUUCUCCCGCUUUCCAUCACCCCGCCUUAUUCUCCCGCUUUCCAUCACCCCGCCCCAUUCUCCCUCUUUCCAUCACCCCGCCCCGUUCUCCCGCUUUCCAUCACUCCGCCCCAUUCUUCCGCUUUUCAUCACCCCGCCCCAUUCUCCCGCUUUCCAUCACCCCGCCCUAUUCUCAAGCUUUCCAUCACCCGGCCCCAUUCUCCCGCUUUCCAUCACCCCGCCCCAUUCUCCCGCUUUCCAUCUCCCCGCCCCAUUCUCCCGCUUUCCAUCACCCCGCCCCAUUCUCCCGCUUUCCACCACCCUGCCCCAUUCUCCCGCUUUCCAUCACCCUGCCCCAUUCUCCCGCUUUCCAUCACCCCGCCCCAUUCUCCCGCUUUCCAUCACCCCGCCCCAUUCUCCCGCUUUCCAUCACCCCGCCCCAUUUUCAAGCUUUCCAUCACCCCGCCCCAUUCUCCUCCUUUCCAUCACCCCGCCCCAUUCUCCCGCUUUCCAUCACCUCGCCCGAUUCUCCCGCUUUUCAUCACCCCGCCCCAUUCUCCCGCUUUCCAUCACCCCGGCCCAUUCUCCCGUUUUCCAUCACCCCGCCCCAUUCUCCUGCUUUCCAUCACCCCGCCCUAUUCUCCCGCUUUCCAUCAGCCCGCCCCAUUCUCCCGCUUUCCAUCACCCCUCUCCCUCCUUCCAUCACCCCGCCCCAUUCUCCCUAUUUCCAUCACCCUGCCCCAUGCUCCCUCUUUCCAUCACCCCGCCCCAUUCUUCCGCUUUCCAUCACCCCGCCCCAUUCUCCAGCUUACCAUCACCCCGCCCCAUUCUCCCGCUUUCCAUCACCCCGCCCCAUUCUCCCGCUUUCCAUCACCCCGCCCCAUUCUCCCGCUUUCCAUCAACCCGCCCAAUUCUCCCGCUUUCCAUCACCCCGCCCCAUUCUCCCGCUUUCCAUCUCCCCGCCCCAUUCUCCCGCUUUCCAUCACCCCGCCCCAUUCUCCCGCUUUCCAUCACCCCGCCCCAUUCUCCCGCUUUCCAUCACCCUGCCCCAUUCUUCCGCUUUCCAUCACCCCGCCCCAUUCACCCCGCCCCAUUCUCCCCCUUGCCAUCAACCCGCCCCAUUCUCCCGCUUUUCUUCACCCCGCCCCAUUCUCCCUCUUUCCAUCACCCCACCCCAUUCUUCCGCUUUUCAUCACCCUGCCCCAUUCUCCCUCUUUCCUUCACCCCGCCCCAUUCCCCCUCUUUCCAUCACCCCGACCCAUUCUCCCGCUUUCCAUCACCCCGCCCCAUUCUCCCUCUUUCCAUCACCCCGCCCCAGUCUCCCUCUUUCUAUCACCCCGCCCCAUUCUCCCUAUUUCCAUCACCCUGCCCCAUGCUCCCUCUUUCCAUCACCCCGCCCCAUUCUUCUGCUUUCCAUCACCCCGCCCCAUUCUCCAGCUUACCAUCACCCCGCCCCAUUCUCCCGCUUUCCAUCACCCCGCCCCAUUCUCCCGCUUUCCAUCACCCCGCCCUAUUCUCCCGCUUUCCAUCAACCCGCCCAAUUCUCCCGCUUUCCAUCACCCCGCCCCAUUCUCCCGCUUUCCAUCACCCCGCCACAUUCUCCCGCUUUCCAUCACCCCGCCCCAUUCUCCCGCUUUCCAUCACCUUGCCCCAUUCUCCCGCUUUCCAUCACCCUGCCCCAUUCUUCCGCUUUCCAUCACCCCGCCCCAUUCACCCCGCCCCAUUCUCCCUCUUUCCAUCAACCCGCCCCAUUCUCCCGCUUUUCUUCACCCCGCCCCAUUCUCCCUCUUUCCAUCACCCCACCCCAUUCUUCUGCUUUUCAUCACCCUGCCCCAUUCUCCCUCUUUCCUUCACCCCGCCCCAUUCCCCCUCUUUCCAUCAGCCCGCCCCAUUCUCCCGCUUUUCUUCACCCCGCCCCAUUCUUCCGCUUUUCAUCACCCCGCCCCAUUCUCCCGCUUUCCAUCACCCCGCCUUAUUCUCCCGCUUUCCAUCACCCCGCCCCAUUCUCCCUCUUUCGAUCACCCCGCCCCGUUCUCCCGCUUUCCAUCACUCCGCCCCAUUCUUCCGCUUUUCAUCACCCCGCCCCAUUCUCCCGCUUUCCAUCACCCCGCCCUAUUCUCAAGCUUUCCAUCACCCGGCCCCAUUCUCCCGCUUUCCAUCACCCCGCCCCAUUCUCCCGCUUUCCAUCACCCCGCCCCAUUCUCAAGCUUUCCAUCACCCCGCCCCAUUCUCCCGCUUUCCAUCACCCCGCCCCAUUCUCCCGCUUUCCAUCACCCCGCCCCAUUCUCCCGCUUUCCAUCACCCCGCCCCUUUCUCCCUCUUUCCAUCACCCAGCCCCAUUCUCCCGCUUUCCAUCACCCCGCCCCAUUGUCCCGCUUUCCAUCACCCCACCCCAUUCUCCCGUUUUCCAUCACCCCGCCCCAUUCUCCCGCUUUCCAUCACCCCGCCCCUUUCUCCCUCUUUUCAUCACCCCGCCCCAUUCUCCCUCUUUCCAUCACCCCACCCCAUCCUUCCUCUUUCCAUCGCCCCGCCCCAUUCUUUCGCUUUUCAUCACCCCGUCCCAUUCUCCCUCUUUCCAUCACCCCGCCCCGUUCCCCCUCUUUCCAUCAGCCUGCCCCAUUCUCCCGCUCUCCAUCACCCCGCCCUAUUCUCCCUAUUUCUAUCACCCCACCCCAUUCUCCCGCUUUCCAUCACCCCGCUUUCCAUCACCCCGCCCCAUUCUCCCGCUUUCCAUCACCCCGCCCCAUUCUCCCUCUUCCCAUCACCCCGCCCCAUUCUCCCUCUUUCCAUCACCCCGCCCUAUUCUCCCUCUUCCCAUCACCCCGGCCCAUUCUCCCGCUUUCCAUUACCCCCCCCCAUUCUCCCGCUUUCCAUCACCCCGCCCCAUUCUUCCUCUUUCCAUCAUCCCGCCCCAUUCUCACGCUUUCCAUCAUCCCGCCCCAUUCUCCCGCUUUCCAUCACCCUGCUCCUUUCUUCCUCUUUCCAUCACCCCGCCCCAUUCUCCCGCUUUCCAUCUCCGCGCCCCAUUCUCCCGCUUUCCAUCACCCCGCCCCAUUCUCUUGCUUUCCAUCACCCCGCCCCAUUCUUCUGCUUUCCAUCACCCCGCGCCAUUUUCCCUCUUUCCAUCACCCUGCCCCAUUCUCCCGCUUUCCAUCACCCCGCCCCAUUCUCCCUCUUUCCAUCACCCCGCCCCAUUCUCCCUCUUUCCAUCACCCCGCCCCAUUCUCCCGCUUUCCAUCACCCCGCGCCAUUUUCCCUCUUUCCAUCACCCCGCCCCAUUCUCCCGCUUUCCAUCACCCCGCCCCAUUCUCCCGCUCUCCAUCACCCCGCCCUAUUCUCCCUAUUGUUAUCACCCCACCCCAUUCUCCCGCUUUCCAUCACCCCGCUUUCCAUCACCCCGCCCCAUUCUCCCGCUUUCCAUCACCCCGCCCCAUUCUCCCUCUUCCCAUCACCCCGCCCCAUUCUCCCUCUUUCCAUCACCCCGCCCUAUUCUCCCUCUUCCCAUCACCCCGGCCCAUUCUCCCGCUUUCCAUUACCCCGCCCCAUUCUCCAGCUUUCCAUCACCCCGCCCCAUUCUCCCUCUUUCCAUCACCCCGCCCCAUUCUCACGCUUUCCAUCAUCCCGCCCCAUUCUCCCGCUUUCCAUCACCCCGCCCCUUUCUUCCUCUUUCCAUCACCCCGCCCCAUUCUCCCGCUUUCCAUCUCCGCGCCCCAUUCUCCCGCUUUCCAUCACCCCGCCCCAUUCUCCUGCUUUCCAUCACCCCGCCCUAUUCUUCCGCUUUCCAUCACCUUGCCCCAUUCUCCCUCUUUCCAUCUCCCCGCCCCAUUCUCCCUCUCUCCAUCACCCAGCCCCAUUCUCCCGCUUUCCAUCAUCCCGCCCCAUUCUCCCGCUUUCAAUCACCCCGCCCCAUUCUUUCGCUUUCCAUCACCCCGCCCCAUUCUCCCGCUUUCCAUCACCCCGCCCCAUUCUCCCGCUUUCCAUCACCCCGCCCCAUUCUCCCUCUUUCCAUCACCCCGCCCCAUUCUCCCGCUUUCCAUCACCCCGCGCCAUUUUCCCUCUUUCCAUCACCCCGCCCCAUUCUCCCGCUUUCCAUCACCCCGCCCCAUUCUCUCGCUUUCCAUCCUCCCGCUCCAUUGUCCCGCUUUCCAUUACCCCGCCCAAUUCUCCCUCUUUCCAUCACCCCUCCCCAUUCUCCCUUUUUCCAUCACUCCGCCCCAUUCUCCCGCUUUCCAUCACCCCGCCCCAUUCUCCCUCUUUCCAUCACCCCGCCCCACUCUCCCGCCUUCCAUCAACCCGCCCAAUUCUCCCUCUUUCCAUCACCCCGCCCCAUUCUCCCUCUUUCCAUCACCCCGCCCCAUUCUCCCGCUUUCCAUCACCCCGCCCCAUUCUCCUUCUUUCCAUCACCCCGCCCCAUUCUCCCUCUUUCCAUCACCCCGCCCCAUUCUCCCACUUUCCAUCACCCCGUGCCAUUUUCCCUCUUUCCAUCACCCCGCCCCAUUCUCCCGCUUUCCAUCACUCCGCCCCAUUCUCUCGCUUUCCAUCAUCCCGCUCCAUUGUUCCGCUUUCCAUCACCCCGCCCAAUUCUCACUCUUUCCAUCACCCCUCCCCAUUCUCCCCUUUUCCAUCACCCCGCCCCAUUCUCACGCUUUCCAUCACCCCGCCCCAUUCUCCCUCUUUCCAUCACCCCGCCCCAUUCUCCCUCUUUCCAUCACCCCGCCCAAUUCUCCCGCUUUCCAUCACCCCGCGUGUUCUUUUUUUUUUUGCACACGCUAG